AUGGCAGCUUUGUUGAACCACAAGUUUACCGACUCGAUAACAUCCCCCAAGACUCCGUCUGCGAACAGUAUCCCGUCCACAUCCCAUCACGAAAACGAUCGGCACCGUCAGUCUCGCUCGUCGGCAGCUACACCACGGUCUUCCGUCGACAAUCGUCCCUCUGAACAGCUCCCCCACCUCGGCCAAUCCACUCGCCGCUCUCACCACGCCUCGUCCGUCUCUACGAGCUCCCUGCCCCGAAUUUACUCCCAGCGCUCCGGCGGAAUUCUGUCUCGCGCCAAAGAUCGUACACAGAGCGCCUUUGCCAGCAUCUCUGAGCCCAUCCUACGCCCCCGCCACUCCAACCCGGGCCUCGCCAGGUUUACUGAAGGCGAUUCGCUCGCUCCCCUGACCAGCGCCUCUACCUCUACUCCAUCGCCCUCCAAGAGCCCCUCUACCGAUUCUCUUUCCUCCGGCGAGUACACUCUCGCUCGCCGCAAUCCGCCCGCGCAGGCUUACGUCGAUACCGACGCCUCUUUACCCCUCCCCAUCAGACUACGUCGCAACGAUCCCAAGAUGCACCAAACUUCUUCGCGCUUACUGCGCAUGACCGAUGAUGACCGGCCUUAUACUAGGGAUUUCAAAGAUCUCUUCUCUACCUUGAUUGUCAGCCUCCUGCCCCUCUCUGCGCACCGAGUACGACUAAGCAAGGUCGAAUACACCUUCCUCUCUGAAGAUGCCAUCAAUAACCUCGGUUCUCUGAAAUUCUCUCAGUCCAACCGCAUGCCUGACCCAAAGGAUCCCUCAAGAAUCGUUACUACCACAACAACCACCACAUUCUCCAUGGCCAAGGACAUGGCCCGCUCCAUCUGCCAGCGCUUUGUCGAGGCUCGCUUCAUUGAGUCUGCCGACGGCAAGUACCAGCAGGUCUACACGAUGAAGGGUGGCGUCUGGCAGUUGACACCCAAGGGGGUUGCCAUCCUGAAUCGUUUCUGCGCUAGAAACGGCAUUCAACAGAAACAGGUCGGCGAGCUGGCUACCACCAGCAACCUCCAAUUGGUCAUUCUCGAGCGCGACCUGCAAAGUGACAAGCUCAUCAGCGACUGGGGCACCGUCGAGGUCAUAUUUCGCAGAUUCAUGGGGUCUGAAAGCCGCAACAUCAAGUCGAGCGUAGCAGCUGCCGACUCGGACUCGCUGCACGAUUACCAGGAUGGUCUCACUGGUGUCAAGAUGGCUGCUGAGCGCAAGGUCAACGGAAGAACAUAUCAAAACACGUUUACCGGCCGCGCGACCACGGAUUGGCUGAUGGACUGCUCGACCAUUGUCGACCGACGCGAGACCAUCGAGAUUGCCAGCUUGUUCGUCCAAUACGACCUCAUUGAGGCCCUCACCCAGGACCGCGCCUACCUCUCUCAAAUACCCAGCCACAAUCUGUUCCAACCCACCAAGCACGCCAUCUACCAGGUAACGCAGCGCGGCAAGGACAUUCUUUCCGGCGCCGGCUCCCGAGGUCGUGCGUCAGAGAGCGAGGCCGGCACAGGUUCACAGCGCAACGGCAUCACGAGAGAUUCAAACACGCAGCGUCUAGACAAGAUCCUCAACGACCCCGCCCUACGUCUGCUGUUCCGCGAGAACCUGGAUGAGACCCAUUGCGAGGAGAACUUGUCCUUUUACAAGGAUGUGGAUGAGUUUGUCCACGCCUGCAAAAGCGGCAUUCGCGCGGCCAAGAAGUCGCCCAAUGCCAACUCGAUGGACAGCAUCAAGGAAAUCAUGGCCCAGGCUUAUGGCAUCUACAAUGCAUUUCUGGCGCCCGGUUCGCCCUGCGAGCUCAACAUUGACCACCAGCUCCGCAACAACCUCGCGACGCGCAUGACCAAGGCUGUUGGCCAAGAUGUCGCCAUGAUUGAGACGCUUGAGGAGGUGACGGCGCUGUUUGAAGAUGCCCAGAAUGCGGUGUUCAAGCUCAUGGCCAGCGACUCGGUGCCAAAGUUCCUACGGAAUGCCAAAUAUGAGCAGCAAUUGCGAAAUUUCGAUGCCGACCUUGGCCGGGCACCCGAGCGGAGCCAAAGCCGAUCGAAUCGAAAUUAA